AUGGUUGUUGUAAAUCGGCUAAGAAGAUACAGGGAGGAAGUAGACGAUGUGCAUGUGGUGGAAAAGAUCCUUCGCUUUUUAACACCUAAAUUUGAUUUUGUGGUAUGUGCAAUUAAGGAGACUAAAGAUUUAGACUCAAUGACGAUAGAGCAAUUGGAGGGUUCUUUACAAGCCCACGAAGAAAAGAUAAAAAUGAGACAAGAAGAGCCACUGGAGCAACUUCUAAAAACUCAGGCAUCCUUCAAAAAUUUUGAAGGUGAAAAGAGUUAUAGAGGAAAUGGACGAGAAGAGGUCAUGGCACUCGUGGAAGAGGAAGGACCGUUGGCAACACCUUCCAUAAUGAAGGGAGAAGCCAACAACCAUUUAGAGGUCCUGGUCGUGGACAAAGAGGAGGAAGAGGACUUGGCUAUUAUCAGCGUACCAAAGAAACAAGAGAAAGUUAACCUUGUUGACGACAAGAAAGAAGAAGGUGAGUCAACACUGUUAAUGGCACCCAAAGAAGAAGAUAGUGAUGAUUGCAGUUCGUGGUGUCUUGAUAAUGGAGCAAGCAACCACAUGUGUGGAUGCAAAGAUAUUUUUGUGGAGCUCACUAAGAAGGUGGCAGGAAAUGUGUCCUUUGGAGAUACUUCAAAGGAGACCAUGACACCUGCACAGGAUGCAACCCCACCUUUUUCUCCAUAA